GAGGCAGUGUUCAUGGGCAACGGGGAGCAGUACAUCUGGAAGCCUCCAGAGGAAGAUGAAAUUAUCACCUUACACCCACCUCCACUCCACGGAGAGAACGGACAGGGGCACCCAUCGCCCCCAACUGCAAAGGAGAUAGCAGACACCUACUCCAUCGUGUGUAAAACCCAGAAGAAGAAACCACCUAUGGAAAACAACGGAGCAAAGACCCUCCCACGCUCCUUUGGUGGAGAGAGAGGAAACGCAGGUUCAAGGGGCCGAGGCCGAGGAGUCCAGGGCCCGACGCGUUCCCAGGAGGAGCCCUGCUACGAGCCGGUAGGAGACAGGUCCUGGCCCACAUGUGCCGUGGCCGAGUCUGACCCCGCGUAUGCUACUAUCGACACCCACCGGAAACGUGAGCCAGCAGGAAACAAUAACAGCACAGUUGGGGGUAAUGCCACUCUGAAGAGGAAGAAGCAGCCGCCGCAGCAGCCGACAGCCCCAACGGCACCUCAGGGCUCAGGACCCACUGCCCUGCCUGCUAGAGGCCUGCCUGGUGGGGAAAACUUCUAUGAGACCAUCAGCGAUGUGAAACAAGGGGCCAACAGCUCCAGCACCACCACCAUCUUCACUUUCAAUGAUGGGAUGGAGAUGUAUGUCACUGGCCUGUAGCUGGCUGGCAGGCAGAAAGGGACCAGAACCCACUGGUACAGAGUCAUGAAAGGGACCCUCCUGUUCACCGGCCAACAGGUUGCUGUACAUAGGUAAAAGGCCCUCAAUAGACAAACAAUAUGAGGAUCCAUUUUGUGAUGACAUCAGGUACAAACAGGGUCUUAAUCCAGGUUCAGACUCCCUUGAUUGGUCUGUACUUCAGAACCAGCCUAAGUCUAGUCCAGCCCAUAUAUGGACCAAAUAUGUUUUAACUCAAAAAAAAUUAAAAGAUAAGAAAACUGGAAUAUACAUCUUCAACCUACUGUGUCACUGACCAUACUCACCUGUUUGUGCAUCAUUUUCCAUAAUAUCUUUAUUUUUAUAUGAACACUGUACUCUUUAAAGAGUAUGUGGUGUAACUCACAACCUGAGAAGAACACACUUUAAUAUAUAUAUAGAUACAAAAAUGUGCAUGCAUUGUGCAAACACACACCUAUAAGUAAACAGUAGCAAGGAAACUUCGUUUGUUAGGAAUAUGAAGCCCACUGUUAGCUAAUGCCAGCCACACACACACACACCCACACACACACACACACACACACACACACACCUCAUCUUUGGGGGACUUAUGUAAUAUAAGCAGAUGGAUGUCAGAGAUUUGCGGUGCUUAGCUCUCCCUAAGCAAACAUCUGAAACAGGUUCUCUGUGCGCACUGGCCUGUUGCCUGGCAGGCAGCAUUGUGGUGCUUCGUUUAAACAUAGGCCUGUAAGUCUAUAGUUAGGCUUGUAGUAAUAGUAAUAGCGUAGGCUAUAGUCCCCACUUCACAAUUACCAUCAGUGUGCCCUCAACAGUUAUCGACAUCCCUCAUGAUAACUAUAAAAAGUGCGUUUUGAUCAGUAAUGUAACUUUCAAAUAACAUUACUUGACAAUCUACAGUCAGAUUUAACAUCUGUAGCCAGAAGCAUGAUGACACACCUCAACACACCGACACACAGAUACACACAUACUUGGCAGAGUUAUGCAGGGUAAGGCAAUCAGGUCAGGGGCAUUGAGUGGGUUGAGUAAGAAUUUCCCCAGAGUGAUAUGGGUGACAGAUUUCACAGUGAAAGACCUUUACUGUAUUACCAUAAAUUAAUAUAAUUUAAAUGAAACAAGUGAGAGAAGAAUAUUUUCAAAAAUAAGGAAGCGAAAGAGUGUCCAAAAUAACACAGGAUGCUUCAUCCUGUGCAGUUAGUAUGUCUUGUCCUUUGGGCGCUGUAAACCUCUGAUUUUAUGACCAUUAUAAUUUUGCACUGGACAGCUGCGGGACUGGUCGGCUUAAUUGUGCAUUAACGUGCUGUAAAGGGCAUUUCCAAGCACAGUUCUGAUUCGCUCUCUGGUCUCAAGUCAAAGCCAGAGCUCCCCAUAGCUCACCAGACUUAAGUCUGGUGGUUCAAAUAGCUACAGAGGACUUGGAAUCCAAGGAAAAUAAAGAGCGGGGCAAAAAAAAUUACCAGCUAGUGUCCUUUGGAAGGUUGCCCCUCGCCCUUUCCCCACCCGCGUCUCCAGCCCCAGCACUGAGUUCUCUUCCAUUGUAAACAAUGUCUUUCCCAUGCAGCUUUGGGGAACAUUAGAAAAGAAAGAAGAGAGGAAGAAAACAAAUCAUUGGAGGCUUAAUAAAUAGGCAUAAAGAUAAGAGGGGAAGAGGCAUACAAACCCCUCACAGGCUGAGAGAUGGAGGAUGCAUUAGAAUGAGCUCGCUGGGAGACAACAAUGCAAAGAGAAGACGGGUUUAGAAAAGUUAGUAAUAUAAAUGUAUAAAUGCUACUGUGUCAGAAAGUAUGUAAAAACAAAUACACUCUGUAUGUCAAUGCACUGUUUGUUUUUCUCUUACCUACUGACAAUACCAUUGGUUGAAUAGCUCAUGCCACUGCCAUGAAAACAAUACAUUUAUGUUGUUGGUGCAAUUUUUUCCUGCUUGAUCAAAAAAGUGCAUGCUUUUAUAUAUGGAGAUGAAAACAGAUAUUGUGGUACUUAAUUGAUCUCUUGUUUGUUAAUCUUUUCUGUUGUACUUUUUUUGCCUUGUGAUGCAAAGCAGCAUUCCUUUUUUGUUGUUGUUUUGUUUUUACCAAAGCAACAACUUGUUGGAGGAGGAUGAGGGGAGAGAAAUAGAAAGACAGAGAGAAGCCGCUGGGAGUUUAGAGCAGAGCGUUGUUUAUCCUCUGCUCUGGGGGAGCAAGAAAGAGCAAUAGAGGUUAGGAGGGAGGAGAACAACAGCCAGAAUAAAGCUGGAUGAGGAUCCCUGCAAAUGGACACAGACCCAAAGGACCCUCCUCCUUCUGAUGUGUUUGUGUGCCAGCACAUACACACACACACACACACACAGCGGCACACAUACACACUGCAACCUUGAGCCAUGUGCGUUUCCAGUUUAGGGGAGGAAGCACAUUUUGCUUCCACUUGGUCAGCCCUUGCAUAUAUUCCCUCCCCCAGCUGUGUUCAACCACCAGUAACUGACACAGACCUCUCUUUUCUCUGCUUCACCUCUCCCCCUCGCUGUGCAGGGGAGGGGCCUUUGAUGUCCAGUUCUGAGGGACUCAGGGAGUGAUUUGAGGGGGGAGGGGCAGAGGACCCCAGUCAGAUAAUAACAAUGCACCAAUGGCUCAACUACUGCCUGAUAUGAGAAAUGGCUAACAGCUGAGGCGCUUAACAAGCUCUGCUGAGGCUUCCCUUAGACAAUGCUGGCUGGAAAUCGCUAUCACACUUAAUCCUUCUUCCCUGGCUGUCACUUUAUGUGUCACAUUUUCUUUAUCCUGAGAGAAAAGCACUGAUCGGAUAUAUUUUGUUGAACACUGUUACACACUGAUCAAGACAGAUGUUCAUUGCACAAACGGAUACAGUAUGAUGAUGUAAAUGUGUAAAAUACUCUGUUGCUGUUCUGAUGUUGUUCCAAUGUAACAUACAGUAUAUAUGUUGACAAAAAAAAGAUGGUUAUCACAGACACAUUGUUCUUUGUGGAUGCAAAAUGUUUCAUGCUUUCCAUGCAGAUACAGAUGCUGUUUGUUAAUUGUCUUCAGAUAUAAUCAUGGGCCAAUACUGCUGUGACAGCUGUAGCCAAUGUUGUCUGUUCUUAAAGCACAGGGUUUAGUUUAAAAAUAAUAAAUAUAAUAAAAUAUAGUGUGACAGUGCAGAUAUGCAAAAGAUUGUAAUGUUUUAUAUUAACCUUCAUAAAAUAUUAAAGUGAGUUUUUACUUUUCUAAUAAAGUGGCACAUUAUAAUGUGUGUUUGUCUUUU